AUGUCAGAUAACGGCCUCAUUGGCACCAUCGCCCCGGGAACCCGUCUUAUGUCUGGACCGCCACAAGAUGAUGCUGCCACCGCGUCGAGCGUCCUCUUUCAAAGCAGCGACAAGACUGUCGUCUUGCUAGAUGUCCCACGCUCCCUGGAAGAAGCGCAAGUCCUGCCUGGCUGCCGAUUGCUGCGCCGGGUCUACUCGGAUCCGCCGCCGACCAAACCCUUUCCGACGCCGGAUCCGAAGAGGAGUCGACGUCGGGCUGGUCAUCGCGGUCGCUGCGACCACGCGUCUGGACAUGAUGGCGGUGCGGCACACGACUGGCCGGCCCAGCCCCCUGCUGCCCAAAUAGCCGAUUUGAUGACCGCCGCAGCUGUUCAAAGUGCUCUGCAAGUCAUGUGCGACGGCUACAACGGCCCGUUCCAUCUUCCUCGCAAACCAUUACCUGCCGACAUCGAGGAUGUGAAUGCACCGUCUCCGCUACAUGUCCAGGACGCCAGACCGCUGUAUGGAUCCAUCCAGGACCUAAGACAAGUCUUUGCUGACACCGCACCCGUGUUCAAGCUGGUCGUUCUUGACCCUCCCUGGCCAAAUCGUUCUGCCAGAAGACGCAGCAAUAAAUAUGCCACUGCUACUAACCUAGAUGACAUCCGAGCUCUGCUGACGAGCAUACCCAUCUCGGCGCAUUUAGCAAGCGAUGGCCUGGUGGCCGUCUGGAUCACCAACAAGGCUAGUAUCCCUGAGCUUCUCACAUCCCCCGCGGGGGUAUUCGCUUCUUGGGGCGUAGAAUUGGUCGCUGAAUGGACGUGGCUCAAAAUUACAGCUGCCGGCGAGCCCCUCUACGACGUUGAGUCGGUCUGGAGGAAGCCAUGGGAGAAGAUUCUCAUAGCCAAGCCCAUCGGUGCGCCCGCACCGCCUGGUCUCAAAGCCAAGGUCAUCGUCGCCGCGCCAGAUGUUCACUCCCGAAAGCCAAAUCUGCGGCUGCUGUUCCAAGAUGUCCUGGGGCAACAGGACUAUGCUGGCCUAGAGAUAUUCGCCCGCAACCUCACGGCCGGCUGGUGGAGUUGGGGAGACCAGGUCCUCCAUUUUCAAGGCCAACAGUACUGGGAGCAAUCAUGUUGA